GAAACGCGUUGCAAAGUAUAAUGAAAGUCUCCUUUACACAAUAAUAAUAUUAUUCCAAGUGUUGCACUGAGACGACUUGUCAUUAAUUUAAAAAAAAAAUGAUUUGUUUGUUUGAGAUGAGCAAGUGUUCUUCUUCGUCGGUUUUCUCCAUUUCUUCUUCGGACUUGGCGGGAGGAUUUGGCGUCCGUGCAAUCAAACAUGGAAGGGAGUUCUUUUGUUUUAAACAUUUCCGGGAGAACCGUAACGUUCGUCCAGGUUCAAGUCAACUCGAGAAGCCCAACUCUGAUGAUGAGUCGUAGAUAUUUUGGCGCUAAGAGGACGGCGGUGAAGAUGGAGAGGAUGCAUUUAAUGGGGCCACCGUCACGUACUGGGGUCAAAUGGCCUGGGAAAACGGGGAUUGGUGUCCUCUAUCUGCUACUCCCCCUGCUGCUGCUAUCCACUUGUCUCAGCCAAGACGCUGACGACUGGCAAUAUGAGGAAUGUAAACUUUCUCGGUCGGGUCCACCUGCCACCAUCGUUGCCAUCGAUGAGGAGAGUCCCAACGGGACGUUGUUGGUGGAGAACAUGCAGAUCAACGGUGUGGCGGAGGGUCCGGACCAGACCAUUUCCUUGUCUUUAAGGGACAACCACAACCACUGGGUGAUUCUGGACCCUUCCAAGCAAGCCCUUUACCUCAACAGCACCGGACGUGUUCUCGACAGAGAUCCCCCUUCGUACAUCCAGUCUAUCGUGGUUCAGGUGCAGUGUACCAACGAGCUGGUGGGCACCGUGAUACUACACGAGGUCCGCAUCGUCGUGCGCGAUCGCAACGACAACAAGCCACGAUUUCAGCAGCCCAGAUAUUAUGUUGCCGUGAGCGAGUUGACCCCAGUGGGCACCACCAUAUUUUCUGGUUUCGGGGGCAACAACGGAGCAAUCGACAUCGACGACGGCCCUAACGGACAAAUAGAGUACACCAUCCAGUACAACCCCAGAGACCCGACAGCCAACAGGACCUUCGAUAUCCCGCUGACGUUAUUCGGCGCCGUCGUGCUCCGAGAACGGCUCAACUACGAGGAGAUAACGCGCUACCUGAUCAUCAUACAGGCUAAUGAUCGAGCACCCAACCCGAGCGAGCGGCGCACCGCCACCGCCACCCUGACAGUGGACGUGCUGGAUGGCGACGACUUGGGGCCCAUGUUUCUGCCGUGCGCACUCGUGGGUGACACGCGCGACUGCAGUCCCAUCACGUACAAGUCCAACGUGCUGGAGCUCACUGAGCCGAAUAAAGUGAACCCCCUCAAUGUGACUCCGCCCAUUCAGGCCGUGGAUCAAGACCGGAACAUCCAGCCUCCGUCGGACAGGCCAGGAAUUCUAUACUCCAUACUCAUUGGCAAACCAGAGUCCUACGCAGAGUAUUUCCGAUUGAACAGAACCACUGCUGAACUCCUGCUUCUGAAGCCCAUUGACAGAGAACUGUACCAAAAAUUCGACCUGGUUGUCAAGGCAGAGCAGGACAAUGGGCACCCGCUGCCAGCUUUCGCAAGCCUCCAGAUUGAGGUUCUGGAUGAGAACAACCAGGCGCCGUACUUCCUGCAGAGCAGUUACCAUGGCUAUGUGGUGGAGGGCGCGCCGGUGGGAACGACCGUCGCCACCAACGCGAGCUUGUCGGACCCGCUGGCCAUCGUGGCUCUGGAUAAUGAUGUGGAGGAGACCAGGGACCCUCAGGUGCAGCUGUCAUUGGACAGCUACACCAACGUCUUCGCCCUGUCGACCAGUGGAAUCACAAGGUACCUGACUCUGGUGCGCCCCUUGGAUCGAGAGGUGCAGGACACCUACGUCUUCGUGCUGCAAGCAUCAGACGGCGUCCAGCAGAGCGCUCCAGUCGCCGUGACGAUCACCGUGUUGGACGCAAAUGAUAACACUCCGACGUUUGCUAACGUUUCCUAUAAUGUCCACCUGUACACCGACAUGAUGCCCGGAGAAACUGUGCAGCAGCUGUCAGCAAUGGAUGAGGAUGAGGGUCCAAAUGGCCAGAUCACCUAUCGGAUUUUAGCAGGGGAUCAGGGGCAUUUUCUUAUUGGGAGCAGCACUGGCAUCAUAACUGUAGCACCAGGGGUGGGGCUCUCUGUGGGUCAAAGCUACGCGUUAACUGUGGAAGCCACGGACAAUGGAGCAGAACCUCACAGAAGGUCGUCCAUUACCACGGUCUACAUCGAGGUUUUGCCGCCCAACAACCAGAGUCCCCCGCGCUUCCCCCAGCAGCGGUACAGCCUGGAGAUUAGCGAAGCAAUGAGGACGGGGGCGACGCUGCUUAACCUCCAGGCCGUGGAUCGGGAGGGGGACCCCAUCGUCUACAGAAUCAGUCGUGGGGAUCAUUAUGGACAGUUUUUACUGGAGCGCAAUUCUGGGUAUUUGGUCUUGGACAAACCUCUGGACAGGGAAACUGUGGACUUCUACACGCUGGUUGUCACAGCCUCAGAUGAGCGGACCGAUGGUACCUCCUCCGCAACAGUGAACAUUGUGGUGACAGAUGUUAAUGACAACGACCCGCUGUUCGAUACAUCGUUGCCGGUGAACCUCACUGUGGUUGAAAAGCAGGAUCAUGCAUUCGUUGGACAGGUCAAGGCCACCGAUCCAGAUCUGGGGGCUAGCGGUCAGGUUCACUACCGAAUGGUCAACCAUCAGAAACUUUUCUCCAUCAACGCCACAGGAGCCAUCAGAACCAUGCUGCCACUAGACAGAGAGGCGAAGGCUCACUACUUUCUGAUCGUGGAGGCCUGGGACGGCGCCGUGGACCCGCGGCGGUCCAGACUGACGCUGUCUGUCAGGGUUCUGGACGUGGACGACAACAGCCCCGUGUUCAGCCAGCAAACGUACAACGUCAACUUGCCGGAGAACAGCCCAAAAGGCACUGUGAUUCUCAAGCUGCACGCAAUCGACGCCGAUCUCGGCUCCAACCUCACCUACCGUAUCAGAACCGCCGGCUCCAGCGAGGAGAUCCUUCGUCUUUUUCGCGUCGACCCAGUCACGGGAGAGUUGUCCGUGCAGAAGGUUCUGGACUUUGAGGCGAUGAGCCCCUCGAAUUCCACCUACACGUUCACGGUGGAGGCUGUGGACACAGAAGGGAGCAUGCCUCCGGGCCUGGCUUCUGUUACUGUCGCCGUCACGGACGUGAAUGACUUUGCUCCAGUCUUCAGCCAGCCAAUGUACCGCGGCAUGGUCGCCCCGAACGCUGUCAAGGGGACCGUCGUAACCACGGUGAUGGCCAAUGAUUCUGACCCCGCGGGAACGCCAGCUGGUCUGCUGCGCUAUAAAGUGGAUCAGGCGGCCUAUUCGUAUGCUGCCAGUAUAUUUGAGGUGGAGGAAUACACUGGAAAUGUUCUCACAAGAGUGAACCUCAACGAGGAGCCCAACCUCAAAUUCAGUCUGGUUGUGGUGGCGUACGAUGACGGCGAGCCCGCGAAGGAGAACACCACGCUGGUGGAGAUCACCGUCCUUCAGCCCUCCGUCAUUCCCAUCUUUACUCAGGAAGAAUACAGGUUUCCACCCGUGAGCGAGGAAGCUGCGGUCGGAACCCCCGUGGGAGUCAUCCUGGCGGCUGCUGUCAAUCAAACCAUCGUGUACUCCAUCGUCGAGGGCAACGAGGGAGGUGCAUUUGUACUCAACAACAAAACAGGAUUAAUAUCCACAGCCAAGCCGCUGGACUACGAGUCCAAUUCCAGCUACGUUCUCAAGGUCGAAGCGGACUCCAUGAGGGUGGUGUCCUCUAACCUUCGAGCGCCUUCAAAGAGUAACACGGCCACGGUGGUGAUCGACAUCCAGGACGAGAACGACCACUCGCCCGUGUUCACCACCUCUCUUUACAUUGGAGGUGUAGCCGAGGAUGCCAAAACAUUCACCUCCGUCUUGCAAGUGCAGGCCCUGGACAAAGACACCGGGAACUACAGCUCCAUGACGUACCGCCUCAUCAACGCCCCCUCGGCCGGGAAAGAUGCCAAGGAGAGCAAAGACGGCUUUGUCAUCGAGCCGCUUAGCGGCGUGGUCAAAACGGCCAUCAUGUACCGCAAUAUGCGGCGGUCCUAUUUCAGGUUUGAGGUGGUUGCCACGGACGACUACGGAAGAGGACACAGCAGUAAGGCGGAGAUUGUGGUGUCAGUGGUGAAUCAGCUGGACAUGCAGGUCGUCGUAUCAAACGUCCCCCCGACGUAUGUGGACAAAAACAAGGACAAAUUGCUCAGUAUUUUGGAGCGCUACGUUCAGGAGCAGAUUCCGGGAGCUAAGGUGUUCAUGGAAACUAUCGGCCCCCAUCGUCACGGCGACGGACUUCAGCAGGAGGACUACACCAAAUCGGACCUAAUGAUAUACGCUAUCGACCCGCUGACAAAUAGGGCCGUGUCCAGACAGGAACUCCACAAGUUUCUUGACGGGAAACUCCUGGACAUCAACAAAGAGUUCCAGCCCUACAUGCCCCCUGGUGGGCGCAUUCUUGAGAUCCGAACCCCGGAGGUGGUGACCAGCGUGAAGAAGGCUGUGCAGACCGUCGGCUACACAGAGGGGGCUCUGUUGGCCCUCGCCGUCAUCAUCAUUAUCUGCUGUGUGCCCGCCAUACUCGUUGUCAUCAUCACCUACAGGCAAUUUAAAGAACGGCAGGAAGAGUGCGCCAAAACCGCCCGCAUCCAGAUGGCGCUGCCGAGCGGCAAACCUGGAGGGGGCACCGCCAACAACCUGUACGAGGAGCUGGGCGACAACGCCAUGCGUCGGUACGGACAACACGAGACACAACAACUCCUACGACCUUCUCUCCUCAGACCUGAGGAGUUGUCCAUGGAGUCCGGCAUCGACCCGGGUCAGGACUACUAUACACAGGAUUACUACAACUAUGAUCACGGCUACGACCUCCCUCAAUACGGCAGCCGGCGGAAGUUGAUCUCGCCCUCGGGCCUUUAUGACGAAUACGGAGAGGUCGUCGUCGACGACGACGGCAGCUGCUAUUACAGCCCGCAGGAGACCGACGGCGAGCACGGCAACCGAAAGCGCCGGAUCAAGCUGGUGUUGGACCGCGAGUGCGAGACCAGCUCCACCGGCGACGACAGCGCCCCGGAACCUCUCCGCGCCCGCUCCACCUCCACCUUCAGCAACCACACCAACGUCAACGGCGGCCUCUACGUGGCGCAGAACGGCUCGGUGAUCCGCACCCGGCGCACCGUCACGCCCGUCAACAAGCCCCCGUCGCCUGCCUUCAGCUCGCGGCUGGCUAAGCACUUUAAAAAACUGGACAAAAUGGCCGCCACACUGGAAGAGAAUUUGCCCUUGAGCAGCCCCAGGACUGCGGCGGAGGGCGGCGUCAAAACCCUGCGCACCUUCAAGAGCGCGGGGCCCGCCGCCGCCGCCCCCCCCGCGAGCCCCUCUUUCACUAACUGCGACAUCCACAAGACGGUCAACGUCUUCGACACCCGACAGUCCAGCAUUUCGUCGGAGUCCGCCAGCCGCACGGGCCCCGAGGAGCCCUCCCGCGGCGACGGGGGACUGCGCGACCAGGACCGAGAACCGGGAGAGGUGGAGAGAGAGUCCAGAGUGGACGGCGGCGAGGCGGAGGGGGGCCCGCGCGGGAGAGACCUUCCCAGGUGUCCGAGUGAGAAGACGCAGUCGGACCAGGAGGAGCUCUGGAUGGGCCCGUGGAACAACCUCCACAUCCCCAUGACCAAACUAUGACUGACACCCUCACGUGCUACAAGAACUUCAUUUGGGCUUGAAAAGAAAAAAAAAAAAAAAAACACUUGGAUGCGCAAGUGACAAAAUUACAAAAGACAGGAAUUCAUUUUUCAAAACCUUUCAAGUGUGUUACAGCCGAAGAACGACGUCAUCGAAAAGUUGCCUUCAAUUGGAUCUUUGCGGAACGGUUUCUUCCCCGUCCGGUGUCACAGCUCAUCCUGAAAUUGUCCCGACACUCGUGACGUCUUGUAUGAUCUUUGUCAAGGUGCUUGGCAAACAUUUAAAAACAAUAAAAACAAAUGUCAUCCAACAACACCUGCAAGUAUACACGAAUGAAUGCUCAUAUUUAUUUGUUUGCCACCAUUUUCAAACGCCUCAGAUGGAGCGGAGACCCCUUCUGGGAUGCGAACUCACGACCUCCGGUUUACCAACCCAACGCUCCAACCACUGAGCUAUGAUGACACGUUUCAACUCACCGUUUUUUUCCCCAAAGUAGCACCACGAAGACAGUCCACAAAACAUCCACGUUAGCCUAACGUGAACGGAAAUGGAAGUUGCACAAUCCCACUUAGCGCGUAUGCAGCUAGCAUGUUGUAUUUUUAUUAUUCCACUAUGUGACAAAUCCACAAAUAGCCAUCAAAACAAAAUAAAUUCAAGUAACAAGACAGCCUUCGACGUCACCUUGGUGAAUGUUAAACAUACAUCAUCAUGGAAAUGAGUACAUAGCAAGUCAACAUGAGUGGCAGCAGAUAUGCAGAGUGAAUACUACUAAAAUAUGGAAAAUAGUGUUAAUAUUGUCCAUUUGGCCAACAACAACAAAAAAGGAAUUUGUCGAAACUCGCAAAACAACUGAAAUGAUGACUAGCUGAAUUGACAGUUGCGUACUAUUUACACCAUCAAUAAACAAUCUCUUUUCCAAAACUUUCAAAUAAAUAAAAAAACCACAAACAAAAUAAAAUAGAACAGUUAAAUGCCAACCAGGGCUUUAAACGUCAAAUAAAUAACAUCUGUCGCAAACGUUAUGAAACAGUAACAAAUACAUACAGGGGGGAGAAAAAUAAAAGAAAAAUGAAGAGACCAGAAAAUAAAAUCCCUUCCUGUUUAAG